AUGCAUUAUUCUAAUUCCCUCCGCAAAUUUUCUCUCCCACACCCUAAUGCGCUCAUCCCAAGCCGCAGCGCCUUUCUCUCUUUCCUAACCAGCAUCACCAUCUGGCUCUUAUUGUUUUCGUUUUUCCGUCAUGUUUAUUGGCGAGACCCACACUCUGCAUUUUUCGAUAGCACACAUGUCUAUGAGAAAGACUAUUCUGAUCGACGCCAAUCCUCUGGCUUAUCAUUUCUAGAUGAUCUGGUCGAGAGAAAUCAAACAUCUUUGUUCAGUAAUUCUACUUCGAAUCUUUCCGGAGACUCGGAUGGAGAUGGAGAUAAAGAGGUUCCGGAUAUGUGUAUAGCAUACGUAACCAUCAAGCGCGACAUGCAGGAUAGAAAUGAAGGAAGACAAUAUAUCGAUGCAGCCCUAGGAACCAUGAUAGAUGGAUUAAGUGAGGAGGAAAGAAAGAGAGUGUGGAUUUAUUUGUUAUUUGCAGACACGGAUCCAAGUGUUCAUCCGUUAUGGGAAGAAGAAUGGUUGGGGAGGGUAGUAGAUGAUUAUGGCGGAUAUGAGGUUGGAGGGGAGAGGAGAGAGUGGCUAGAGGAAUUGAUGAAGCAGAAGGAAUGGCAGAUUAAAGGAGUUUUCGACUAUGUAUACGCGUUAAGCCGCUGCUACGAUACCCACGCUCCUUAUAUAGCAAUAAUGGAGGACGACAUUGUAUUCGCUCAUGACUGGUUCCAGCGUACUAUUUCUGCUCUCAAUAAAAUCGAGUCUCUCUCUCAAAGUCCUGAAGACAAAUUUUAUAAUUGGAUAUAUUUAAGACUUUUCUACACAGAAACGUUUCAAUCUUGGAGCGAAGAGGUAGAUUUUUGGUAUCGACAUAGAUAUUUUCUACUAUUUUUUGCUGCUCCUCUCUGCACAAUUACCGCUCUUAUAUUUAUACGAAGCAAAAUCGGCGAGAAAAGGAAAACAGGGAGUUGGUUGGAUAACUGGACGAUUUUCGUUAUAGGAGUGGUGGUUGUACCAGCCUUCAUAACUCUGGGUUUCAUGGUUGGGAAACACAAUUUGCCGUGGUGGGAAUUCAGAGGGAAAGACGUGGUGAAGAUGAAUAGUGGAGGAUGCUGUACACAGGCUAUGGUUUUCCCGAGGGAGCAGGUGGAUGGAUUGAGAAAUUAUUUGACGGGAAGGGGAAGUGGCCAGACGGAUUUGAUGAUUGAGGAUUAUGCGGAAAACGAGGGUAUGGAAAGACUGGCACUUGGGAAACAGGUCGUGCAACAUGUGGGAGUAAAGAGCUCGAGAGGUGAUAAUCAAAUCAACGCUAUGAGUACUUGGGCAUUCCACUUUGAGGAAUACGACAAAGUUUCUAUGUUUGGAAACUCGGUGUAUGAAGAAUCUUGA